AUGAUAAAUUAUUGUAGUAAUAAUAAUAAUAGUAAUAAUAGUAGUAAUAUUAAUAUUUGUAAUAGUAUUACAAAUAAUCAAACAGCUAAUCAACAUGAUUAUAUUGCAACUACCACAAGUUUAAUUGGUUCACAAACAAAAGAAGAACUGGAUUUAAAUGAAAACAAUAACAACCAAAGUAGUAACAACAAUAACAAUAUUAGAAAUAAUAGCAACACACCAACAUUUAUUUCAAAUGAAUUUAGUAAUCCUUCCUCUUCAAUAAUUUAUCCAAUCCCAAGUUUAAUAUUAAAUAACUUUAUAAAUAAUAAUAUUAAUGAUACCAAUAAUAAUCAAAAUUGUAAUAAAAAUAAUAUUAGUAUUGAAAAUCAACUUCCAGUUUUUGAUGGCAAUAUCACACCAAUAUAUACACCAUCAACUACACCGAAUCUACCAUCAGAUUUAAAGACUGAAACCCAAAUUUUUAUAUCACCUCCACAAACGUUUCUACAAUACCAGCCACUUCAAUUAAUCCCAACACAACAACAAUUCUCUUUCCUUCAACUCCCACAACAAUUUUUAUCACCUCUCUUCCCUCAAAACCAACCUCCAAUGUAUUCAUUUCAAAACAAUUAUCAUGCAUCACCCAUUCAGAUUACUAGUUUACCCUAUUCGCCUCCAAAUUCACAAGCCAAUAUUUCUCUUGCUUAUGAUAGCGAUAAAACAGCCCUAAAAGAUAAAAACAAUGAUAAUAAUGAUAACAUUAAUUUAGAUAGCAGUAAAAAUAUUAUCGAUAAUAAUAAUAAUAAUAAUAUUAUUAAUAAUAAUAAUAAUAAUGAUACUAAUAUUAAUAAUAAUAAUAAAAAAAAAGAUAAAGAUAACAGUAAAAGAAAAAGAGAUAGAGAUUGUGAUAAUAGUGAAAACAAUUUAGAGUCACUCAAUGAACUAUCAACUACCAAAAAUACAAGCAGAAGAGGCAAUAGAAAUAACACCAAUAAUAAUAGCAUUAUUAAUGGAAAUAACAUUUUAAAUAUUAACUAUCUUGAUAUUAUUAGAGAAAAACAAGAAUUAAUUAAAAUCAAAAUUGAAAAACUUACAAACCAAUAUCAAGAUAUUGAUAGGUCCAGAAAAGAAUUUUUAAAAGAAUUUUUUGAAAAUCCAAUAAUGUGUGGAAAGAGCAAAGAACAAGUAAGGGAUGAUAGCGAAACCAAUAAUGAUAGCGAUACUGAUAGUAAUAAUAAUAAUAAUAGUAAUAAAGGUUGUGGUGAUGGUAUUAUUAUUGGAUUUAAAGAUUUUAGCAAAUUAAAUUUUAAAUCAUUAGAUUAUUCAUUAGAUAAUUAUAUUCAACAAGAACGUAUCGAUAUCAGAAGUCCAAUUAUUAAAAAGAGUGUUGACAAUUUAAAAAAGAUUUUUAUUAAAGAGAUAAAGACCAUCGAAUUAUUACGAUCAGAUCAUUUACAACUCAUUCAAUCCAUUCAAUCCAUUCAAUCGAUAAUUAGACCAAACCUUUUCAACGAUCAAGAUAAAAUAGUCCAAAAAAACCAUUUAUUUGGUUUUUUUGCAUUAUUAAUUUCACAUCAAAAAUGUUUGGCAUUCGAUUUCCUCUACCAGCUAAGACCCCAAAAUAUGGACCAUACAAUUCCAUCAACAGUAUCAACAUUGGAUCUCAACUCUUCUACCUCUUCCUCUCCAGAUCAACAACCAAAUGAUGAAUCCUUAGGCUCUGUAAACUAUCUAUCAACUUUGAAAAAGAAUCGUAGAACUUUAAAUGAAAAUUAUAAAAAAUUCAUUACAAAUUAUUUUAAAAAUAACUCUGAUCAUCCAUAUCCAACCGAAGAGGAAAAAAUUAUAAUUUCAGCAUUAGUAGAUUUAUCAAAGUAUCAACGUAAUAACUGGUUUAGUAAUAAAAGAAGUAGAGAAAAAAAUAAUAGAAUCACAAAUUUAAAAAAACAAAAAGAAAAUUAA